AUGAACAAUACUUUUGACGACACUCAGUGGGACCAAGAAAGUCACAGCUUUCAAAGCUCAAGAAAACGUCACCGUCCUGGCAGUUCUAAAAAAAAAGUUUUAUUUGGAAAUAUUUUAUCGAAAAAAAUAAUCCUAGUGGACCUGGUAAAAUCAUGUACUAGCAAUACUAUCCAAUAUCUUGCAAGUAUUCAUACUAUCAUUAAACAAGGAAAACUUCAUAUCAAGUCUAUAAAAAGUGGAAAUAUUAAAGAUAUGUUAGAAAUGCAAAAUCAACAAUGUUGGACAGAAACUCGACAACUAGUGGCAAAUCGCAAUCUUACAAAAUGGAUUCUUCAUUUCACCAAACCUAUUAAUACCGUUGAUGAUACUACUUUUGAAGAUUUUUUUAAUUACUUAAAUUCGAACUACAAAUUACCAAACGAAAAAAAUCUCAAACUUUUAAUUCAUCAAGCAUAUGAUUGGACUGAAGAAUCGAUGAAAGAACUUUUUUUAUCUUCCGCUAAGUACAUUUCACUUAUCACUGAUUUAUGGACGUUUUGCAUCAAACAAGGAUAUAUUGGUAUUACUGCAUUAUUUAUGAAUUCUGAUUUUAAAAUUUAUGAUAUUUUGCUCGAGUUGGAAUAUUUACCAUAUCCACAUACUGCUGAACAUAUUCGAGAUAAGAUUCAAUUAAUUAUUGAAAAAUGGAGCUUGCAGGAAAAAGUGAUUGCUAUUGUAACUGAUAAUGGAUCAAAUAUGAUUAAAGCUAUAUCAUAUUUAAAUAAUAUUACGCGAAUACCAUGUACAGCACAUACACUUCAGCUCGCAAUUGGAAAAGGAUUAGCACCUGCCUUGGUUUUUAUUUCUCACGCCAAAUACUUAAACUGGUUUUUUACAUAUCCCAAACAAAUAGAAAGACUUCAAACAACCCAGACUUCCUUAAACUGUCCAAAAAUUUUAGAUGUAGUUUGUGAUGAUAGUACAAUAAGAAAAGAUGGAUGUCGUCUUAAAAAAAUUAAUUUUACGGAAGAUGAAUGGAUUUUUAUGGAACAUUUAGUUAAUUUACUUGGAUUAUUUGAAGAAGUCACCACUUUUUUAAGUGGUAGUAUCUAUGCGACACUUAGUCUAAUGCAUUCUAUCAUUUCUGAAUUACAAAAAGUAUUUGAAGAUGAAACUUUAUUAGUAUUAUCAGAAGCUAUAGAUUUUCCAAUGAUCACAGAGGGUGUAAUCGAAAGAAUUAAAAGUAUUAUUAUUCAAGCAUUACAUCAAUAUUGGAGAAUUCCAUCUGAUAUCGCUUUAAAAGCAGCAUUUUUAGAUCCACGAUUCAAAGAUUUAGCUUUUGCACGAGAUGAAAAAAAUCGAAUUAUUCAAUUAAUUCGAGAUGAACUAUAUCAAUUUUCUAAUUAUACCAAUUCCACAUCUGAUCACUUAUCUAACACUUCUUCGUCCACUAUAUUAUUAUCUUUAAAUAAAGUUGAAAAUA